AUGUCGCAGGCACAAUCAGAAGCGGAUCUGAUGUCUGGGAGCCACGGCCACGGGGACCCCAAUUCUUCUGAGCUCCAGUCGUUCCCCAUCUUCUCGGCGGCCAGCGGUUGGGAGCAACAUCAGUUGCCGUCGUUGCCUUGGUUGCAAAGAGCAGGGGUACCUGGGCUGCGGCGUGGAGUUCUUCCUCCCAAUGUUGCCCCCGCUGCAUCAGCCCCCUUGUCUGGCAUGUAUUCCGGCGCCAUGGAUUCGGAAAGAUCUUUUACCGACAUAAUUACAAGGGGUUGUAAUCCUGCUGCUUUGUCUGAUAAUGUCCCAAUUCCUAAUGAAACGACAGCAUGUGAUGAGGCCCUAGCAAGUGUGAAAGGGAGUCAGAAAAGGUCCAAGAAUUUCAGUAAAGACGAGGACGAAAUGUUGGUCUCAGCAUGGCUAAAUAUAGAGGCUAGAAAUCAAAGUGGUUUAUCUUUCGCUGAUAAGGAAAAAUUGAAAGACAAGGCCAAGUGGAAAAAUAGAAGCAAUCAGAGUGGAACGACUUCAAGGAAAAAGCAAAAGACCACGGCGAAUUCAAGUCCUGUAGCGGCUGCACAAUUAGUUGUCACUGCUAAUGGUGAAGAGAGUCAGGCAGCAAUGCCUACAGUGGACAGACCUGCAGGGAAGAAGAAGGAGAAAGACAAAUUACGACAACGUUCCAGCAUCGAAGCAUUGGAUUAUUUGUUGGCAAAGAAGAAAGAGGCUGACAUAGAGAAGGAUUUGAAAAAAGAGGAGAGGUGCAAAAAAACCUUUGCAUUGCAGGAAGAAAGGAUCAGAAUCGAGGAAGAAAGAAACAGAAUCGAGGAAGAAAGAAUCAGACUUGAGAAAGACAAAUUUGAGUUUGAGAGGAACCUUGAAGAAGAGAGAAUUAUCAAUGUCGAUACGAGUACCAUGUCCACCAAACAGCAGCUACUAUAUGAACAGCUCCAGAAUGACAUACUUGCACGGCGUAUAAAAAAUUAG